ACCCAGAGAGCUGAGGGAAGAAGCCGACCAGGGCCUGAAGUUGGGAAAUCCAUGGCAUUUGGCGCCUGAGAAGAGAAGGCCCGGAAAGGAAGAGCCAAUGGGACUUGUCAGGUUUUUGUUUUAUAUCUGCAGCUCCGUGGCUCCAGGCAGGAAAUAGAACAGUGAUCGAGUGGCAGCAGAUCCUUACUGUCACUUCAGCUCACACAGCAGGGUAGCAGGAAACAAAGAAUUUAGAGUGGACGCUGCUGCUCUUCACCAACGAACACUGUGGCCUUUCCAGGCUCGUUAUCUUGGAAGAAGCAGAUAGCUAAAGGCUGAUCAAGUGUUUCUGGGAAUGUCAGAAAACUGAAAGCAAUCACAUUUUGUGACCUGCACCCCUGUGGCGGUAUAUCCAACAAAGAUAAGUGUGUACCCAGCAAGCAGCAGCCCCUCCUCCAGUCACACUCACAAACUAUAUUGAAGGAUGCCUCCUGAGGAUUGUAUCAUGUGAAAUCUUUCCAAAUUUCAGUCAGCUCUUUUUAGAAAUGCAGAUAAAGAAGAUGAAGGAUAUUGGACAGCAGUUAUAUGCAACACAAAUGAAUGGUGGACACAAUUCCUUGACCAUGUCACCCAAACAGCCUGAUGCUAGCAGAGUACCUCGACCAGAUAGACAGGAAGUGCAAAGCCUUUUGUAUCAAGGCUCAGAGGCAGAGGCUGCCAUGAUGACCAUCGCUACAUGUGUGAAGUGCAAAAGCGUUCACAGAAUCCCUCGUCAAGAUUUGAAAAAGGCUACAGGGCAAAGCCAGAAGGAAGACAUAUAUGUCUGCUUCAAAUGCAGUCUGGGUGUGGCGCCUCCCAAUUUCCAUUUUGUGAACAAUAAUCCCAGUGCAACUCACGUUGGAAAUAAAAUUGAAACCAUUUCAAGUUCUGUCAAUAACAAAUUUAAGGUGAGGAACUUUAAGCCGGGCAAAUAUUACUGUGAUAAAUGUCGAUUUUCCACAAAGGACCCUUUGCAGUUCAAAAAGCACACACUUCAACAUGAAGAGAUUAAAUUUAUUUGUUCCCACUGCAGCUACAUCUCAUAUACAAAAGGAGAGUUUCAGAGGCACUUGGUGAAACACACAGGCAUCUUCCCUUACCGGUGUGAGUACUGUGACUACGGUGCCAUCAGAAAUGAUUAUAUUGUCAAACACAGGAAGAGAGUCCAUGAGAGGGCUGGUGCGAAACAGCCACUCAAAACAGCUGCCAAGCUGGAGCCGAAAAGAGCUGGUACUUCAAAACAAAACAUGGAGCUUCUGAAAGCUUCCAAUCCAAGGACUACAUUUCAAAAUAAGUUGUCAGAUCAACUUUCAAGAUUCUCUCUCCAUGCAAAUAAAGACAAAAUGCACAACAUCAUGUUGUUACCUGAACCAAAGGAAUACCAAAAAGAUGUAGUGUGCAUCCCAAAUAAAAUGGCCCUGUCUGAGCAAAGCGAAGCCAACCUAUUUGAGAACAAAAAUGUGGAGGUAGAAGUGUUAUCUCCUGCAAAAGAACCUGUCCAGCCAGGUAUGCCGCUCACAGUCGUGGCUCCGGCAGAACUGGUUGUGCCUGCGAACUGUUUAGCCCAGUUGGUAGAUGUGAAGGUUGUCAAUGGCACACAGCAGCUGGUUCUGAAACUGUUUCCACGGGAAGAAAAGAAUUGCCGUGAAGCCGGCAGGAGCAGUGGAGGUAAUUUUGAGCAUAUGACUAAAGAGAAGGGUUCAAAUGAACAAGAAAAAAUAGAUUCUGCAGGGGAAAAGUCUCUAACAAUUGAAGGGAAUGUUGGAAAACUCAUAGGCAUUGACCGUAUUCAGUCUUCAAUUCAGAAACAACUUAGAAAUGUGAAGUGGGUAAGGUCUUAUGAUUUUUUCAUGUCAAACUCUAAUGUACACAACCAUGGAGAAUCCUUUCUCAAUUCUGAAAGAGUUGAGGAUUUCCAGAAAAAAAAUAACUUAUAUCCACAUAGAGCUUCUCUUCAUUCUGUUGCCUUAAAAGGUCGUUCACCAGCAUCUGUUUUUAAAAACGGUAUUUUCUGUGGGCUUGGAGCUGCAUCAAACCCUUUUCCAUAUAAAGCUGCUGUGUCCUUUGCUGAAGGUGGAAGGAGGCUACCCAGCAGCUCACAGGAGUUACUCCCUCUUGCCGCAUCACCUGCAUCCGUCCCCUUCCCUAGAGAAAAGGGCUGGUUGCCCAUAAGAGAAAAUGACCUAGAGUCUAGAUGUAAGAUCAGCAUUCCUGUAAGAAUGGUCUCCUCUAAUAGGAAGCUGGAAGAGAACCAGACAGAGGAACCAAAGGCAGUUGCAUAUAUAAGCCAGAUGUCCUCUCCACAGAGAAGUGAGUAUUUACAUGUAAACGCAACCAGCGAUAACAGAAUCAGAUCUCAGCAGUCUGGGGAUGAUAAGCCUUUGGAAUUAAAGAAUUCUGAAAAGACAAGUGAUACUUUUGAUGGCCCGGUCAUCUCAUCAGUGUUUUCUCUAAGUUCUGGAUCUGAAAAUGUGCCUGAGGGCAUUAAGUGGAAUAGUUCAACAUCCAAGAUAAAGUCAAUUGAACUGUUGCGCAGAAAGAUCGCUCAGCUGAUCGAGUCCUGCGGCAAGCCCUCGUCUUUGGCUGCAAACAGCGCACACCGCCGUUCUGCAGGGCAGGCCUCAAAGACAACUUCGAAAGCUGUCCCUGAAAAUACUGAAGAAGUGAAUGUGUCAUUGACUGGCCAUGGUCAUCCCACAGGUGCCCUCCAGAAACCUCAGAAUGACAGUGGUGUUGCUGGUCAUGGACACCUUGCUCCUCAGCAGGCACGUCCACAGUUUGUCAGUGGCAUCAGUGGGAAAACUGAAAAAGAGACCAGGAAGCCUCACGUUGCUGCUCCAGUGUUGAUCCCCAAAGGGGCAGUGUUGAGGGUUCUCAACUCCUCUGAGGACGCCCACAUCAUAGAGGCCACCUGUGAAGCACCUCCUGACAUACCUGGCCAUGAGACACAGUUAAUAAAACCUUUUCCCUCCUACCCUGUGAAACAGACAGACUCAGACAUCCAGCCUUUGACAAGUGAAAGUGAGACCAGAGACAUGUCCCCAGAUCUUGAGACAUCUUUUCGGCUUAAACCAAGAAAAGAGAGUGCCAUCUGCAGCACCACCCCAAGAAAGACUGCUCUCAUGCACGGACUGCAAGGGAGUGGCGAGUUGAGCAAGCAAGGGAGGCUGCUUCCCAGAAGUCUCCCUAUUAGUAGAAAUAAAACCAAACAAGUCAGCUUAUCCAAGAAGAAAAACAAGAUUCAGGCUGACCCCAGCCGCUAUCUCAAGGAUCCUUCAAUUUUUCAGGUUGCAAGACAACUUCGACUGGUAGCUGCUAAGCCAGAUCAGCUAAUUAAAUGCCCCCGCCGGAACCAGCCAGUCAUCGUGUUAAACCAUCCUGAUGUGGACUCCCCAGAAGUGACCAAUGUGAUGAAGGUAAUAAAUAAGUACAAAGGCAACGUCCUCAAAGUUGUGUUAUCAGAGAGGACUAGGUGCCAGCUCGGCAUCAGACGGCACCACUUCCGGCUCACCUACCAGAAUAUGGAGGAAGCCAAUCAAAUCAGAAGGCAAAUGAUGUUGAAAAUGAAACUUAAAAAAGUUCAUAAAAACAACUACCAGGUGGUGGAUUCCUUGCCCGAUGACUCUUCUCAGUGUAUAUUUAAGUGCUGGUUCUGUGGGCGGCUGUAUGAAGACCAGGAGGAGUGGAUGAGUCACGGCCAGCGGCAUUUGAUAGAAGCAACCAGAGACUGGGACGUGCUGUCUUCCAAGGGCAAAUAAGUACAAAAGGGCUGCGCGAAGCAAGUUAUUUUUAUUUUAGUUUAGUCUGGUUUGGGGUACCCUCCUUCCAGAUUCAACAGGAGAGAUACAGACUGUAGAAACAAGAGGGUUCCUAAUUCUUCAGAUCCCUUGUAAGAAGACUGAGAGCCAGGUGUCUGAACCUGAGACAUGAGACUGGACCUUCGAAUGUAUUUGAUGUCCCCAAAUUAUACACAUGAGUCGAUGUAUAUGCAUUUUCCUGGAGAGAAGAUUGAAACUUCAGCAGAUUUUCAGUGUGACCUGAGACCUCUCUGUUUAGCUUCCCUUUUUCUCAGUAGACACAGGUCUUUCGUCAUACAUUCAGAGGGGCAGACUGAGGCUGUCCACACGUAUUUUGAUUAUAAGUGCUACUGAAGAAUUAAAUGUGGUGUGCACAUCCACCUUGUUUUUGCUUUAACUUAUCUCCUGAAUAUUUAGUUCAUGAUGGAAAUUAUAUUUUCUACUUUAUUAAUUGUCUUAAAUUUUAUUACAGAAAACUGGCCACUCUUUUUAACCCAUUCCUCAUUCUAGAAUACUUGUGUUUCAUAGAGCACAGAGAAUUUGCUUUUGGCCAUUUUGAAGACUGUUUCCAGGAACUUGCCUGAACUUCUUCAACAGCAGGUGUUAGGAGAAGAAAGAUAACAUUUUCAAGUAUUUAGCUUUUGCUUGCUUUUAAAAUACCUUGAUUUAUGACCAAUUCAGUAGGGAAUGUGCCUUUUGGGAGGAAAAAAGGAUACUUAUAGAAAAAUCUAAAAUUGAGUCUUUGUCCUUAGCACUCCCACAUACAUAAAUCAAGUGACUGAUUUAAAAUAUGAGGCAACAGACAUCUUACAACAUAGAUAAAACUUGGGAAUACAUUCAAGGUGAGCUUGCAAUGCAAGUUGUGAGAGGAGUUUAGCGUGACUGACCCUGCGGGUCACAGACACUGCCCCAGGGCAGGUCCUGGCUCAGCCUCCCACUCACUUCUGUCUUUCCUCCUAUGCCUUUGAGGCUCCUAAGGUUUUCCCUGUCAAAAUUACUAGCUACUGGCAGACGUCAACAAAAUGCUGAAGUGGCAGGGUGGGGUCCCUAGCUUCCUUGCUAGUCAGGAUCUGCUUCUAGCCAGUCUUGGCCAUGCCUUCCUAGCCAGCACACCUUCCUGGCCCUGCCCCCUGCC